GAUCACACUCAACUUUGACCUCUACGUGAGUUGCGUCAGGUUUUGACAACAGACUGAAUAUAGAUAGCAUUCCCGUGGAGGAUUAUCUGACUACGCCGCAUGUAAUGGAGCUUUAGGAUCAUUUAGCCAUUGCUGUAGGUUUAAAUAGACAUUUAAACUACAUUAUAUUGUUUAUGUAGACUUUUCCUGUGUUAGGUUUUCUGUUUUGGUUUACCCUGUCUGAUAUUGAGGCACCUUACUUUUGCUAUAGUAAUAGAUGUAUUCCUGAUAUUGUUCCUGGUCUUAUUUUGAAUUGUUGUAUAGUUGCAUUUGUUAACCCGGGUGUUGAGGUAAUCUUUUAGUGCUUCUAACAGUUCUGGGCAGAAGUGCUGUCACAUAUUCUCGUUACCUUGACACGGGCUGAAAGUCUGUCAGCUGCAGAGAAAUGGAGUGUCAAUGUGAAAAGGACAACUCUGAUGCUGCUACAGGCUGGUGGAUGAGCCCCCAGAUGGGAGCCUUUACUGUGGUGGGGUAUCUCCUCUACAGAUUCUCUCAGACACUCCCGUCUCUGAUCCGAUGGCCAAUUCGUCUGUUCUGCUCUCUUACUGGUCUGUCAACUCUUUGGAGCUGGGUGAGCCGCCUAGUGGGAACCCUUCGUGGAAUCCAGAGCCUGUGUAAAUGGCUGUCUCGAAUUUGGGGGUUUGUCGGAACAUCUUCCUCCAAGUUUAAGUGGCUGGUUGCUGUCAUCACAGGGUCAUCCGGAGAUGGAGCACUGGGGUCAGAGAGGGAUCCGACCAGCAGCGCCAACCAACCAGGCCUGAGGCUGAUCCUCUUGGGGCCCACAGGUGGAGGACGGACCUCCCUCGCCGAUACUUUGUUGGGCGGCAGCGAGAAAACGGCACCCAUGGGUCCCCUAAUGGAGAGCACCAAGAGAAGGACAGUCAUGGGUGGUAGAGAGGUUAUAGUGAUCGACACCCCAGAUCUUUUAGGGCCGUCAAUGGGGAACAACAAAAGAGCCAGGGAAGCUCUGAGGAGCCUCCAGCUCUCCAGUCCUGGACCACACGCCUUCCUGCUGGUGAUACCAGCUGGGGGCUCCAGCACAGGGAUCAAUCAGGAUAUGGCUAAGGCGAUCCGAUCCACCCUUGAGCUGUUUGGAGACGGGGUUGCGACGUACAUAAUACCAGUACUCACCCAUGUAGACUGCCUGGGUCGAAACCAUACGAUAGAUCAGAUGCUGGAUGCGGACUCUGAAGGUCUGGAGAGGGCUCUGUCUCGGUGCAACCAGAGGUCAGAGCUGGUGGACAACGGGCCAGACUGCCCCCCAGAGGCAAAGAGCGUGAUGCGCAGGCAGCUGGUGGGGCGGGUGACGGAGAUGAACGGGGGACAUUUCGUCCACGAGCUGCAGAGGAGGGAGGACCGCAUCAGGGAGGAGCUGCUAACUGACAUGGGCUCCGUACUGGCUGGAAAACUGGGGGGACACAAAUGAGAGGGGGGAAGGUGAAGUGUGUGUGUGUGUAAGUGUGUGUGUGUGUGUGUGUCUGGGCAGUGAAACAAUAAGGAGGCAGGAUUAAAAUAGCAAUAUUGACCUUUAGUGUGAGGGGGAUUCUUUGCUUGAAGUAUAUUGGUCACUCUGCUGGUUUACCACUGUUCCAGAUGAAUUUAAUACCUGUGACCGCCUUUGGCUUUCAACAAGCCGCAGAUGCUUUUGGUUAGAAAUCACACUUCUCUUUUCCAGUUUGGUGUGUUGUAAGCAAAGGGCUUGGCCCUCCCUUAUCUUUAAUAAUUCAUAAGAGAUAUCAAACUUUAAAGACGAUCAGGGAAAAUAAACCGAAGUCACGUUGGGACUAGAGUUCAGCGGUACUGUUCGAAUGUAUACUGUGCUUUCUCCAGAGGCCUCUGAAAUGGCAAAUGAACAACUGCUUAUGAAAUAAAGGACGAAGUUGUGAUCAGAAAAAAUAUCUUCAUCAGUAUGUCAACGGAUGACAAUAACAAGUCGAUGUAUGGUAUAAUGAUAUCACUCAAUCUUACAUUACUUUGAUAACAUAUUAUCAGUAUUAUCUCUUUUUUGCAAGUAUAUGUUGUCAAUGUAGUGCAGUGUAAACCCUUUUUAUUUAAUAACCGUUCAUGUUGCCCACGUCGAGUAAAGCAGAUCGUUUCUCUGGUCAGAGAGCGUUCGUCCAAACAGUGAAGACCUUCAACAGACCGAUCACAUUCCUCAUACAUGAUGAUGUAUAAAUGUGUAACAUUCAACACAAGAGGAACAACUCCUGUGUCCGUUAAUAGCGUUAGCAAACCUUGUGUCAUAAUGUUUCUCUUCAGUAGACUAAAAAGGACCAUUAACAAUGUCAUGGUUAUCUAAAGUGUCCCCUUGUUGCAUCUUUUGUGUUCCACAUCAUGUCCGGUGUGUGAAUCCAUUGUUUCCAGUGAUUCC